ACCAAAAGAGUACUUGAGGAGGGAGAAGGGUAGGUCGGCUGUCAGGUCCGAGUUGGGGGCGAAAAUGGGAGAGCCCGAAAUGGAGGAGUCAUCGGAGGAUGAGAAUGCUCCACGGACGUCGAGAGGAGUUUUGGAUCCAUCAUGGUCUACGGUAGGGCUCCGCCAGACGAAUCCGCGGACGUCGGCGGCAGGAGUUGUGGAUCCACCGGGGUCUGUAGUUGGGCUCUGCCAGACAACGAUCACAGACAGCGCUGCUAUCAUUACGGCACACGAGCAAACGCAGCGCACGAUAGACGACUGGAUGACGGCCGAAUGCAUCCCGUUCAACAUGAUGAAGAGCGAGUACUGGGACAAAAUGGUGCACGCGCUCAUGAAUGCGCCGAAAGGCUUCAGGGACACGAAGUUCGAAAACGCAAGGACGAAGAGGAUCGAAGUGGUCGGGAAGAGGGUGGAGGAGUUGCGACAGGAGUGGCCAACCACUGGCUGCAUGUUGCAGCUUGAGGCCGCAGGGCGAAUGAUUGAAGCAGAUUACCCUCACAUCUUCUCUGUCUUGUGCACAGCACACUCCCUCGACUUGAUGUUCGAGUCUUUCGCGAAGAUCGGGUGGGUCGGUGCAAUUAUGAAAAGGGCAUCGGAGCUUGCAAAGUUCUUCACGAACCAUUCGCGGGUGCGGGACCUCCUGAUCCACUACUCCAAUGGCGGUGUAGUGUCAAAACCGGGUGCGACCCGGUUUGCCACAAACUUCAUCAUGUUGUCAAGCCUCCAGGGGUUGUAUUUGCCGCUGCCUGCGUGUGUGACAGAUGACGACUGGAAGCCAGCGAUCAUGCACACUUCGCUGCGCAAUCUGUUUGUGAAGGUGACGCAUUCCAUUUUGGACGACACCUUCUGGGCAGAUGUCGAGAAGGUGAUGCAGACGUCCAAGAACCUCCUCAAGCUUUUGAAGAAGGUUGAUGGCACGGGCCCCACCAUUAGCAAGGUGUAUGUCCGUAUGGACAGCGGAGUGGAGAAACUAAGGGAGAGCAAGUGGAGCGCGAGGUGGUGGAGGAAGUGGUGCAGUGACAUGCCCAUCCUCCAGAAGCAAGUCGUUCGUCUGCUUGGACAAGCGUCCUCCUCCUCUUGUUGCGAGAGGAACUGGAGCUUGUUCGAACGAAUUCAUAGUCGUCUCUGUAACAACCUCGGUGCCAUCAAGCUUAGCACACUGGUUUUCAACAGAUGGAACCAGCAUUUGUUGGAUGCGUUGAUCAAGAAGCCGAAGGCCGAUAAGGGUUCACCGCAAUGGGAAGAGGAUGAACCAGUGGAAGAUCUCACACGGGAUGAGAUGGCCAAGGAUGCACGAAUGCGGUUGGCGGAGUGGCGUGCCCGGCUGCACAGAACAGAGCUGGUCGGUGAUGCAGGUGAUGAGGAGGCUCAGGACGUGGAAGGUGGCAGUUUGGCAGAAGGUCCUGCACCCGCACGUCUCACAAGAAAGCGGGGACGACCGCAGAAGCAGCCCGUGCAAGAGGAGGAGGAAGUAGCGCCAGGAAGGACAAGCAGCGAUGAAAGUGGUAGCGGCGCUGAUGAAAAUGAUGGCGGCAGAGACGAAAGUGAUGGCAGCGGCGAUGGUGACGACGAGAGCGGUGGCUGCGAUGGGACAGAUGGCAGUGGCGAGGAGGACGAAGGCGAAGGCGACGAGAAAGAUGGUUGUUCGUCGGAGGAAGAGGGCGACUCCGAAUCAGAACCCCUGUCUACAUUGCGCAAGACAUCCCACUGACGCGCGCGCGCGUCUGUGUGUGUGUGUGUGUGUGUGUGUGUGUGUGUGUGUGUGUGUGUGUGUGUGUGUGUGUGAGAGAGAGAGAGAGGGCACUGACAGUGCUGGUAAUAUGAACACUCUUCAAGUUCAAACUUCUCUAAGUUAUUUAAAC